AUGGAAAGACCACGAUGGCGUAAAAGACAACCAGAUGACGAAGAUGAUCUGAAUCAUAUUUAUGAUGUUUACAAGGAUCUUUUUACCAUCCACGUUCAUUAUGAUGGUAAGUUCACAAAAAACCCUAAUAGAGAAUACGUCGAUGGAAAGAUUCAAGCUUUUGACUUUAUUGAGCAUGAUAUAUUUUCUAUGCAUGACAUGAAUGAUAUGAUUACAGAACUUGGGUAUGAUGGUAUAAUGUAUUAUCAUUUUUUGCUUCCUGAAAAAGAUUUAGAUGUUGGUCUUAGACCAUUAGGAACUGAUAAGGAUAUUAUUAAGAUGAUAAGUUAUGUUCCUAAGUUUCAAGAAACUAAUGUGUAUGUGGAACAUGGGGUUACCACAUUAGAGGAUUAUUUUCUCCCUAAAACAGGGUGUAUUAUAGAGGAAAUAGAUGCUGAGCUGAAUGUAGUUGAUUUUAAGAAUUCUAGGUUUAGAAAACCAUUGUUGAUUGAAGGUCCUGGUGAACAGAGUAAGCAAUCAAUUAAAGAAACAAUUGUGGAACAAAAUGUAACAGAAAAAGCAAUACCAAAUGUCAUGAAUUUAGAACAGAAUGUGAAUGUAGAACAGAAUGUGGAAGGUUAUGGCUCAAAUGUAGAAGAGAAUGAAGCAGAUGAUGAAGAGAAUGAAAUUGAGGAACAACAGAAUGAAGCAGAUGAAGAAGAGAAUGAAACUGAGGAACAAGAGAAUGAAGCAGAUGAAGAAGAGAAUGAAACCGAGGAACAAGAGAAUGAAGCAGAUGAAGAAGAGAAUGAGAGCAGAACAGAGGGAGAUGAUAGUGAGGAUGGUGAUUUUGAACCUGAGAAAGAAAGAGAUGUUGGGGAUGAUGACAAUGAGGAAGAUGAGCAUAUAGGUGGUGGUGCAGCACUUGACAAAGAAGGAGAUGAUGACUAUGAAAUUGACAUGAGUUUAACUUUGAGAAAGAAGUAA